CUUUGUUUUGUUGUUGAAGGAACAAAGCUUUACGUCGCUAAAAAUAUUCUUUCACUUGCAUCACCAGUUUUUGAUGCAAUGUUCCAAUCUGACUUCAAAGAAAAGUCAAGUGACGAGCUAGAAUUGCCUGGGAAGAAACUAAGGGACGUCUUAGAAUUCCUUCGAUGUAUUUACCCCAACACAUACACCCAAAUUGAUCUCGACAACGCUAGGGUCAUUCUUCCUUUGUUAGAAGAGUACCAGGUCCUACAGCUAAAACCAAGAUGUGAAGUAGUUAUACUUGAGACUGUCACAGAAGAAACAUCGACGGAUGAUUUGUUACAGUUGUUGAAGGAAGCAUGUUUGUAUGAUCUUAAAGCUCUGCGUGCUAGAUGCAUAUUUCUUAUAUCAUCUAGACCAUGUGAUGCAUUGGACGAAAACUACUGUAAGUCGUUCCCUUCGGCAAGUGCAUUAAAUGAGAUUUUUGUACAUGUUAAUACAUCAAUGAAGAGAAAGUUAGCAGAGCUAGAAGAAGACACCAAGGAAAAUGAACUCUUAAAGCAGUACAUAUCUUCAGAAAUAAGGACUAACAAAAAUUUCAGAUGUGAUCCUAAAAAACAUUGGGAACAGAAGACUGUAGUUUUGACAGAUCAAGGUCUUGGUGAUAACUGUGAAAAUGAAGGAAUUGAACUGAAUAUGUGGGGUGUGCCCCUUAAGGUUAAGACAAGUGAAUCCUUUGGUGCUCAAGUUCAUGGCAUGGCUCUUUUUGUUGAUGUAAAGAAUGUUGGUCCAAAUAAGAUCACCUGUGAUGUAAAUCUGCACAGUAUACUAGUAAACAGACAACCAAAUGGAAACAAUCUUGUUAAAUUAAAGAAGGAGUUAUAACAGGGGAUAGGCAAACUGUAUCAUUUGAAAUUGAAUGAAUGAAGUUGAGAAUGGUUUCCUAGUAAACAAAAAGUUUGGCAUUAUUGCACAGCUGUUUAUGUAAAAACCAAACUUAGACAGUAAACAGUAAUCUAUACUUUAUGUUGUGUAUGUUUCUUUUAUAAGUACAGUCAGGAUUGACACGUGAAAAAAAAGAGCAAGACAGCUUUUUUAUAUUCAUAAAAUCUGUAGACAGAUUGUAUAUUUUUAUUGUUUAUCUUGUGUUAUUGUUAAGAUUUAGAAAACCCUGUCAGUUAUGCAAGAAUAUAAAUAUCUUGUUUACAGCUACCAGCACAGAACAGAAUAUCUAGGCUGGGUUAUCACAGUUAAACAAGGCUUUGCCGAGUUUCUUUUGAACAGUUAGUUACCUGAGAGGAAUUAAGAGUGAUUUUGGUGAACCUAAUUUAUGAAGUAACCAGUGCAAGUGAUUUUUAGUCAACCUUAUAUUAAAUAAUAUGAUUAAAUGGGUAUAAGGACUCUUACCUGCUAUAUUUUGUUGAUGCAAAUAUGUCAUUAAUGAAUAUGAAAUGUACUAGUAUUAAGAUGAAUUGCUAACUGUUUGAUAAAUUAAAUUAGAAAAAAUACAAGCCUUAAUAAAAGACAUUGCAUCAUUUUUAUUGUAAAUUCUGACAGUAACAACUUAAUUUUAUGACUUCAGAAACAAAUCAUUCUUUUAUAACUGACUACACUGAAUACAUGUACAUAGAAAGUUUUCGUUUUCUAUUCAGCUGAUUUUAAGUUAAUACUUGUAAAUAUAUCAAUAAAGUAGAAAAUUGUUUUUAUUUACUAUUCUGCAAAUCAUGAUGUAUUCUUUUUUGUGUUCUCUUAUUUUCAUAAACAAUGUAAAAUAAUGUUAUUUUGUUUAUAUGUUUUAUAAUUAUACAUGUGAUUAUAAAUUAUGUUCUUUUACAGGUUUUAUUCUGUGAAUGUCAAAAUGGUUUCCAACCAAUUACUCUACAACCCAUAGGCCCUCUGCCCACAAACGUCACAGGUUUAUUGGUCUAGGCCAGUAGAUGAGGGAGUAUUAUGAUCCUAUUUCAUGUCCUUUAGCUUAUUACAUUAUUUUAUGUAGAUGCUAGGUGUAUUAUUUUAAUAAUCUGGGGAGUCAGUGGUCAAGUGGUUUUCUCAUCACCUCUGUGGGUUGGUAUCCCUGUCAAGGACAUGUGAAAAGCUAACCGGCAUGUUCUACUCAGGUGCCCAUUCGUACCUGAAAUAAUUCAUGGAGGGGAACCUGAGGUCUUUCGUCACCAGUAAAGCUGAAAAUUCAGCAUAUGACCUAUACUGUGUUGUUGUUGUUAAGCCCAACAAAAAAUAAAUUAAAUUAAAAAAAACUAUAAUUUGCCAACUGGAUAGCGCCAGGGUACUUCCAAAGUUUACAAGAGCCAUAUUACAUGUAACAAACUUUCAGAAAAAUAGAGAAAAUAAGAAUCCCUAAAGAAAGCUCAACACGGCAUAAUUGAAAAUGUUGCAGGCUCGGUUUGAUUAAAUCUGAUGAAGGUGAGUAACUCUAAAACGUAGUAAGGCGCAGUUAUUGUACUUGCACACUGUAGUUCUGCCCAAUGUGCUCUGUCAGUGAAUGAAGUUUGAAGGAAAUUUUAGUAAAAUUGGGACAGACGCACAGACUGUCACCAUUUCUAAUGUAUCCCUUUUUCCUUUAGCGAGGGUAUAAAUGAAUUAGAGUUAAAAAUGG